AUGAGUCCGCGCGGAAGUAAUCGCCGAAGCGAUCCUGCGAACCUUGGCUUUGAAUCGAGCAAUUCGACGGCCAACAUAUUUCUUGGGGGUGUGCGACGAUCCUGGAUGCGGGAUACAAUGGCCACAGGGCCUCCCCUCGCCUCCAACGCCUCGGCCUCUCCCCCGCGUUCAACCACCACCCGUUCGGCUCCCACGUCCACGGCAGCUUCUGGGGGCCCGUCAGGGAGUCCACAGCGGAGGGCGCGUCUGCGGGAAACUCCUCCUCGUGGGCCUCCCGUCGACCUCACCACCUCCACUACUACCACUACCACCACCACCGCUACUCCCUCCUCGUCCUCCGUCACCACCUCCUCGCCGUCUGCCGCUCCGCCGCCGCCGCCGCCUCCUCCUCCUCCUCCUCUUCCUCCCUCCGGUCCGAUGGCUCAAUCCGACCCCCUCCAGCCCAUCUCGACCUCAAAUGGGAGGAAUGAGAAGGAGUCCAAUCUCAGCCGCAGUUUUCCGACCCUGCCGCUGGCCAGUUCUACUACCAUUGCGACAGCCGUUCGAUCGGUGACUUGUCAAACCACCGCGCUCCCGUCGCCCGAUCCGAGUAUCUCAUGCUCCCAGCCCAGCCCCAUCAGUGCGAUUGAUCGGAAUGGUGCUCCGGUCGGACCCAGUCCCUUGUUGACAACUUUGCCCUCCCCUCCGACCGGAGGCACCCCGCCCGUGUCUGCCACUCGGUCAAAUGCGCCCCAGACCGGACUACCGACGCCUACACCGUUGACCCAUGCCACCACAACUCCAGGGGGGGUUCAGGGAACCUCCCCAAUCCUCAGGGGUCCAUCGGAGAGGAUUGGCAAUACCGAACUACAUCCACAUCCACAUCCACGCCCACAACAACCUCAAUCACAAUUACCAUCACAAUCACAACCACAACCACAACCACAGUCGCAACCGUUAAUAUCUCACGAUCCUCGAGCGGGUCCUCAGGUGUCUUCCUGGACAAGCAUGCCAACAUCCCCAGUGGUCCAGGGACACCAGCAAUCGGCGGUAAUGCGGCCAGUCCCCAUGCUACCUAUAGACGUUCCGCUAUUCAAACACUGGCUAGAGAAACUGGAAACCUUUGCGGCUGAAGCGACUCGUAACAGGACCAUUUCCGAAGUCGUCGAGUCGCCUCGGAUUCGUCUUCUGCAGAGCGCUCUGUUGGACAAGGACCCCGUUUACUUGGCCCUCCAUCAGAUGUAUUGCCUCUCAUCCUACGCUCCAUCGGAGCUUCGCAAAUUGCCUGGGUUUGGUCGGGAACAGGAGCAAGGUCUCGCUGUAGUCAAGCAACUGCUCGUUGAUAACCGGCGACUCUCUGGUGAUUUUCUGAGGUGGUGUGUUAAUUUCCCGGAGCCAAUUCAGAACCUACUUGCCCGGUCGUGGUGGCGGGAUGCUUUGGAACAGAUCAUGAAUUCCUUGGUCCACCUCUCACGAAGAUGGGACACCUUCGAACAAGUGACGCGUGAGCGUGGGCUGCCUCCUUUGAUUGAGGAGAUCAUCAUGACGUUCGCUAUCAGAUCACAUGUGAUGCAGUACAACAUCUUCCUGGCUCUGUAUCGACGGCUUCCUGGGCAUCGGGGAGAGCAGAACUUGUUUGACAUCUUCAAUCGAGACGCCAAAUACACAGACGACCGCCUGGACUCGCCGAAUCCCGUGCAUGCGGCACGUGCCAAAAAGGAGAGGGACUUGAUUCUCUCCAUGUAUCAUAAAGCACUCACAUCCACCACUGCCCAGGCAACCACUGCAACUUCUCAGCCUCGCAUUCACUCGCAGCCAGUCGAGUCCCCAUUGACCCCAACCUCUAACCUGCCUCCACAGACAACACCGCACCAGAUUAUGACAAUGCCGCCAGGCUCGGCCGUUCCGGGCUAUGAGACGAGAAGAAGCUCUCAUGCUUCGAUGCCCGGGAAUGGUCCUCAUCCGACAGCCCCCUCCGCUGCUGGGCCCGAUCCAACCAUGUCGAUCGCGCCUGUACCGUACCACUCCCAUACAAUGCCGUUUCCCUCCCAAAUAGCCAGGACACAUUCACCACGUAUGGCCCCAGUGCAUCAACCGCAGCCGCCGCCUCACCCGCCUCAGGUGGUCUACCCAUCACAGGUCGUACCCUCAAAACCCGAAAACAUUCACCAGGCCCCACUAGCGAUUCAUAUGCCAGGCUCUGUAGUCGGGCAUCCUCAGAUGGCCUUCCCCCCACAAACAGCCCCGUCGCACCCGACCAAUACACCCGUAUCGCCAGCAAUCUCCUCGCCAAUGUCAGUUCCUAAUCUUCCCCCUACCCCUGGUUCCAAUCCCGCGUCUUCUGCGUCGGCUCCUCCGCCGCGACGACGCGGCCGCCCGCCACGGUCCUCACAGCCAAAUGCUCAGCCCCUGAUGCGAUAUAGAGCGAUGCAACCAGCAAACCAGGGCUCGCAGCCGGGACCGACUCAGGAUCCGCCUCCGCCUCCGCCUCCACCUUCAGUAUUCACUCCAUUCUUCCCCCGCCGGGCCCACUUCCACCUCCCAAUCCACGACCCCAUCCGCUGCGGGACGGGCUGCACCAGGCUCAUCUACGUGGCCCUGUCAAUCGGCGAGCAGGUGAUGCAGCUCUAUCAGUACCUUCAUUCCUUCGCUGUACACCCCACCCCGCUGGGCCAAUUGGCCUGUCGCUUCGACUGGACAUUUGACCUGCCCAAACCUGCAUUUGAGCGGCUUGCGAAGGUGAAUCAAGAUGGAGACAAGCUGCGUCCGGCGCGUAUUAUUACAAGUGGCCAGCAAAUUUUCCGUUUGCGGUGCAUCCAAGUAGAUGUAUCCACAGAGACCGUCCCCGAACACACUUGGUGCACCACUGAGACAUGCUGGCCCAACGUGCUCUACAUGUUUGUCAACGAGGUGGAGGUUUUUGCUCGGCGUCGUCAACAAAACGGCAAAGACCUGCCCCUCGAAAUCACCGAGCAACUCCGGAAGGGACCCAACACCGUUACUAUACACGUCCUCCGCAGCCCCGCCGAAAUGAGAGAUCAAGUUUACGCUGCGGCGAUCGAGAUCCUCAACAUCUCCGACCUCGGCUCUGUCGUAGCUGCGGCACAGAGCCUGCCUGCCUCGGAAUCCCAAGAGCAAAUCUACAAGCGGCUCACUCCUGACACAGACGACGAACUCAGCAUUAUGAGUGAGGACCUGGUCAUCAACCUCGUUGACCCUUUCACCGCUCGCAUCUUCAACCGCCCUGUUCGAGGCCGUUUGUGCACCCACCAGGAGUGCUUCGACCAUGAAACUUACAUCACCACCCGUGCCUCCAAGUCAGGACGACGUUCCUUCCGAGAAGACUGGCGGUGCCCCAUCUGCAAGAAAGACGCACGCCCUCAGACGCUCCUUGUCGACGGUUUCCUCGUCACUGUUCAUGAUCAUCUAUCCCGGACGAACCAGCUGGACGAUGCGCGCGCCAUCCGCGUCAAAAGGGACGGAACUUGGACUCUGAAGGCAGAUGCCGAUACAUCUACGGAACAGACAUCUGACCGUAUCUCGAGAACUGCGUCUGUAUCCUUGAAACGCAAGUCCAGUGAUUCUACAACUCCUGCCUCGCAGAAACCCAAAUUCGAGAGCGCGCCCGACAACCGCGUCGGGAAUCCCGAACAGGUUAUCAUGUUAGACUAG